AGCAGAAAUCGAUAAGAAAGAAAGAUAUUUUCUGAACCUCAUUCAAUCAAGCGUCUCCAUUUCCCGCUAUCUCAAAUUAUCACUAGCAGCAGCAGUAGUAGCAGUACAUCACAUUCAUAGUGUAGGGUUUUGCACUUCUCAUCUUGAACCACCAAAACGGAAUGGCAGCUUUCACUUCACUCUCCCUCUCUCCUCACACCCUCUAUCUCCGCCCCAAACCACCGCCACGCUCCGUUUCCGCUUCCGUUUCAGUCUCCGCUCUCCCUGGUACUGAUGGAAAAGCACCGCGCAAAAGAACCAGAAGAGUAGAAGGUCCUCGAAAAAGCAUGGAAGACUCUGUUCAGCGCAAGAUGGAGCAAUUUUAUGAAGGGGCCGACGGGCCACCCUUACGUGUUCUUCCUAUUGGUGGUUUGGGUGAAAUUGGGAUGAAUUGUAUGCUUGUGGGGAACCAUGACCGUUAUAUACUCAUCGAUGCCGGUGUCAUGUUCCCCGACGUCGAUGAACUUGGAGUUCAAAAGGUCAUACCUGAUACGACGUUUAUAAGAAAAUGGAGCCACAAAAUUGAAGCACUUGUUAUAACACACGGUCAUGAAGAUCAUAUUGGUGCGUUGCCUUGGGUCAUCCCAGCUUUGGAUUCCAAUACUCCAAUUUUUGCAUCUUCUUUUACGAUGGAGCUUAUAAAAAAACGUUUGAAGGAGCAUGGUAUAUUUCUUUCAUCUAGACUCAGAGUUUUUAGCACUAGGACAAAGUUUGUUGCUGGGCCAUUUGAGGUAGAACCUAUCAGAGUGACCCAUUCUAUUCCUGAUUGCUGUGGAUUAGUUCUUCGCUGUUCUGAUGGCACUAUUCUUCACACUGGGGAUUGGAAGAUUGAUGAGACACCACUAGAUGGGAAUGUUUUUGAUCGUGAGGCUUUAGAGGAACUUUCUAAAGAAGGAGUAACAUUGAUGAUGAGUGAUUCAACGAAUAUACUCUCUCCUGGAAGGACAACCAGUGAAUCUUCUGUGGCAGAUGCACUGUUGAGACAUAUUUCAGCUUCCAAAGGAAGGGUCAUCACUACCCAGUUUGCAUCAAAUCUACAUCGGAUUGGAAGUGUGAAAGCUGCUGCUGAUUUAACCGGUAGAAAGUUGGUAUUUGUUGGCAUGUCUUUGAGGACUUAUUUAGAAGCAGCUUGGAAGGAUGGAAAGGCUCCAUUUGAUCCAUCCACUCUGGUGAAAGUAGAGGAUAUCGAUGCUUAUGCUCCAAAAGAUUUGCUAAUUGUUACAACAGGCUCUCAAGCAGAACCACGUGCUGCCUUGAAUCUUGCAUCUUACGGAAGUAGUCAUGCUUUCAAACUAUCCAAGGAGGAUGUUGUUUUAUAUUCAGCUAAGGUUAUCCCUGGUAAUGAGUCUCGUGUGAUGGAAAUGCUAAAUCGCAUAUCAGAGAUUGGAUCAACAAUAGUUAUGGGGAAAAAUGAAGGUUUGCACACAUCUGGCCAUGCAUAUCGUGGAGAAUUGGAGGAAGUACUUAGAAUAGUGAAGCCACAACAUUUUCUUCCCAUCCAUGGAGAACUCUUGUUCUUGAAGGAGCAUGAAUUGCUUGGAAAAUCAACUGGCAUUCGGCACACGGCUGUUAUUAAGAAUGGAGAGAUGCUUGGUGUUUCACAUUUGAGGAAUAGAAGAGUCCUUUCUAAUGGUUUCAUUUCACUUGGAAAAGAGAAUUUACAGUUGAAAUAUAGUGAUGGUGACAAAGCAUUUGGUACAUCAAGCGAACUCUUCCUUGAUGAAAGAUUAAGAAUUGCAUUAGAUGGCAUCAUUGUGAUUAGCAUGGAAAUAUUUCGCCCUAAAAAUUUAGACAAUUUCGCUGAAAACACCUUAAAAGGGAAGAUAAGAAUCACCACAAGAUGCUUAUGGCUUGAUAAAGGGAAGCUGAUAGACGCCAUCUAUAAAGCUGCUCGUGCAGCUCUUUCAAGCUGUCCUGUUAACAGUCCACUCUCUCACUUGGAGAGAACUGUGGCUGAGGUGUUGAGGAAGAUGGUAAGGAAGUACAGUGGUAAACGGCCUGAAGUUAUUGCCAUUGCCAUAGAAAAUCCUGCAGCUGUUCUUGCUGAUGAGAUAAAUACAAAAUUGUCUGGCAAAUCCCACGUGGCUCCUGGAACAUCGACAUUAAGAAAAGCAAUCGCUGGACAUGGAAAGGAAAAUCAGUAUACCACCCUGAAAACAAGAGAUGAUGGCAUUGAUGUUGAAGGACUGCUACCUGAGGAAGAAACCACUACAAGUGGGGCUGAGGGUGAUUUAUCUAAUUCAGAGGACUCAGAUGACUUUUUGAAACCAUUCAUUGCAUCAUUUAAGGAGAAGUCAGUCAAUGCUAACAAUGGUUAUGUUUCACGAAAUGAGCAUAAGUUUAAUAUUAAGAAAGAUGAUUCUGAAGACACGAAUGAAGCCAAGUCUGAAGAAACUUCUAAUUCUGAACCAAAUCCUCCAAAAUUAGUUAAGAAAAAUAAAUGGAAAGUUGAGGAAGUUAAACGGCUAAUUAGUAUGCGAGGGAAACUACGCGACAGAUUUCAAGUUGUGAAGGGAAGGAUGGCUCUCUGGGAAGAGAUAUCGCAAAAUUUGUUGGCUGAUGGGAUCAGCAGAAGUCCUGGACAGUGCAAAUCUCUGUGGACAUCUUUGGUACUGAAAUAUGAGGAGAUCAAGAAUACAGAUGGCAAUAAAAGUUGGCAGUAUCGUGAGGACAUGGAAAGGGCAAUGUCCAAUGAGGAAACACCGGCAACCAAGUGAUUACAAUACGGUGGACAGGAUAAGAAAUAUGUAGGACAAAUUUCUACAAUAAAAUUGAUGGCAUGUUUGAGCAUGGUGACCAAGAAGAUAAUCCAUCAGUUGCAUGAUUCUUGGAACAUGGCCUAAUGAUAUUUAGGUCCAUAGUUUUUUUUAGGGCUGUAGGGAUAGAGAACAUAAAAGAAAAGUCUCCCUUUUCUUUAUUUAUUUGUCUAAUAUUUGUCAUAAUUAAUUGUAGUGAUGUCAAAUUUUUAGUUACACCAAAACGUGUCACUUUAUUUUAAGUUUUUAACUAAAUCCUAAGGCUAAGACCUUUUUUUGGUAAGAAGUCAAAUGUCAUUGAUUUUGUU